UCAGACUAUAAUUUACUACACAUGUUACGGGCUUGUGUGCGUUCUGCAUCGCAUCUGAGACGCUAUGCUACCGCCGAGUCUCCUAUCGUCGUCGCAAAACCUCCUCUGGGUCCAGCGAGGAUGAACGCACGUUCCGAACUGGAUGCUCAGAUUCUAAAUCAGCUUUCAGAAAGGCCAUCGACAAGCAGAAUCAACCUGGAAAGCCUCGUAUUACAGUACAUGGAGAGAGGUGGGCACGUCCUGCAGACCGCCCUGCCAUACGAGUCCCGUCCAGGCAGGCAUAGAAAGGUCAGCCUGACGUCUGCCGCAGAAGAUGGCGUUACCAUGAUCGCGCACUGCGUUCAAGAUGGAGAGAGUUAUAAGAUCACGUUGUCGUCCGGCUUCGCUUUACAGGGGUCCGGAAAGCAUGAGGCGGAGUCCGUUGUGGUGACCUGCGCGCAUACCCUGGAAGAGAUCCGGCGCUCACCGCUACUGAGACAUAGCCAGUUGACACCGAUUGUCGAUUCAUCGUCUGACUCGGAAACUCGGUUGUCUGGGAGUUUUGUCAUAUCUGGGUCCCGGGAGGGAACAGAGUUUCACCCCGUCUCUGAAGUCCUAUCAGCCUUGCACCGGUCAGACCUGGUUCUGUUCCGCAAGAGUGGGCCGGCGCUGAAGACGAUGCCCGUCUCCCCAUAUCCCGUGCAUCCGAAUGCUGUUAUUCGAGCGCAUUUUGUCGUGGACGAAGAGCCUGACGAACCGGGAUGGGUUCCGUGGAUAGGUGGUACCUGGAGUAAGUGGGUUCGGGGGAAGGUGGUGGGUUACCGCGACUUCGCGGGUCGCGAGGCUAAGCCCGGAACAUAUGAUGCUCUGUCGCACCUUAUGUUUGAGCCUCCUCCGACACCUGGCUCCAGCGGAGGCCCUAUCAUCGAUGAGGAGUCCGGAGCCGUCGUAGGCGUGAUUUUAGGUACGAGGCAGGAUUUGGGAAUUCAAGGCCUUCGUGGAUGGGGUGUUCCCGCAGAAGCUAUCUUCGAGAUGUUCCAAUUGCCGGGUCUCGAUCUCAAGCAGUAGAUAGGUCGGGUAGGGUUUCCAGACAGGUGUAAAUUAGUUGGAUAUUCGCAAAAUGUAUCGUCGAGUUAGCA